UAAAGGAGCCGGAGCCUGUGAAGGAGCGAAGCCCCGUUCCUCAGCGAGCAGCCCCAGCAUCAAGCAGCCACCGGCACCGGAGACAUGGCGUCCAACAGCGGCUCAGUAGGCCGAUGGGAGGUCGUGAAGAAGGGGAAGAAGAACAGCAGCAGCACCGGCAGCACCAGCUCCGGGAAGAGCUCGACCGAGAAGAAGAGCGGCGGCGGCGGUAGCGCCAGCGGGGGGAGGAAAGCCCUGUGCGAGUCCAACCAGACCUCCAGAGGUCCCUCGAUUUUGUCAGAGACUGUGUACGACAACUUCGAGAAGAUGGUGAAGAAACAGAACAAGGAGCAGGUUCCACCAGCGGCCGAGCCUCAGACCAAGAAGCCUGCGACGAGUAAACCCCCCAAGAAAUCAACCCCCAGCAAUACAGUCGCCCCUCCGACGCACAAGAGCCUGGAGGAAGCCUUCAAAGCUCUGGAUGUCGGGGACCUGAAGCAGCAGCUGGCUCACAGUCAGACCCUGUUCCCAGACAAUCCGUCAGUCUGGGUCAAAGACCUGGCCGGGUACCUCAACCUCAAUCUGACUGUGCCGGAGACAGAGCCCACUCACUGCAGCUACGCUCACGAUUACCCAUACUGCCUCACAGGGAAGGAGCUGAAGGCUGUGAUUAAAGGCCUCAUCAGACGCUGCAGCGACGUUCUGCCAGGAUUCUUCGACCACUGUGUUUACACCAUGCUCCGGGAGCUGGACAGGCAGUCAGGAGAACCACUUCAUGGCUACAGAGUUUGCAUCCAGGCAAUUCUAAAGGACAAACCCACAAUAGCCACCCAAAAUCUGCCAGAGUAUUUGGAGUUACUGCGGUCGGUUCAGAAUCGCCCAGUGAAGUGUUUGACCAUCAUGUGGGCUCUGGGACAAGCAGGAUUUUAUGACCUCAGCCAGGGACUAAGAGUGUGGCUGGGCAUCAUGCUUCCUGUGCUCGGAGUGAAAUCCUUGUCUGCGUAUGCCAUUGCCUAUCUGGAUCGACUUCUCCUACUUCAUGCAAACCUGACAGUGGGAUUUGGCAUCAUUGGCCCUAAAGAGUUCUUUCCUUUGCUGGAUUUUGCCUUCAUGCCCAAGAAUGCUCUGUCAUCAAGUCUGCAGGAGCAGCUGAGGCGUCUGUACCCUCGACUCAAGGUCCUCGCCUUCGGAGCCAAACCAGAGAGCACGCUACACCAGUACCUGCCGUCCUUCCUGUCCAGAGCCACGUCCCACUGUCCUGACGACAUGAAGAAAGAGCUGCUCAGCAGUAUGACAGAGUGUUUGUGUGUGGACGUACAAAGUCUUGGAGUAUGGAGGCAGCUCUAUACCAAACACUUACCCCAGUCCAGUUUGCUGUUGAAUCAUUUGUUGAAGUCCUGGAAAACCCUCCCACCAAAACUGCGGAAGAACCUUGAAGAAACCAUCCAGUCGUUCCGAGUGACCAAUGAGGAAAUGAGAGACACCGUGGAGACUGAGGAGCUUCACGAGUGCAACGACCUGUGUCAGAACCUGCAGGUGAAGAUGCGUGGCCGUGGGUUCCCCUGGUUCAAGCUGCUCAUGGUUCUGUUCAUGUUCAUCGCCGGCUUCAUGGCCCACGACGUCAGAACUCACGGCUCCUUCACAGAUUCCAGCACAGCGAAGUAUCUGCGCAACUCCGGGGUCACGGCCGUGUCUCAGCAGGCCUUGGGCAAAAUAACAGUCUAUUCAAAACAGGGCUUCAGCUGGCUGGAGACAAACACCCCUUAUUAUUACUCUGAGAGCGUGCGGGUCCUGGGGCCACUGAUGACCCAGGCCGUGGAGAAGUCAAAAGCAGCAGCCAUCUUCAUCUCUGAAAACACCACCCAGCUCAUCCUCUGGGUCCGAGAAAAGACGCCGCUUGUCAUAGAAUGGGUCUACACCAACACUCCGGACAGUGUGUUCCAGGUGCUGGCGUAUGUGAAGGAGCUGCUGCUCCUCCUCCAUCACGACUACAUCCUGCCAGCUCUGGCUUUCAUCGCUGAGCUGCUGCAGCGAGCGUGGACCAACCUGCAGGAGUCCUGCAACGGUGAGGUGUCGGUGUCGUGUCUGCAGGGCCACACCGUGACCUUCGCCAACUCAACGUGGCAGCUGCUCCAACACACGACCACCGCCAUCAAGACGUGGGCUCAGGAGCUGCUGACGAGGGCAUGAUCAACAACAACAACAACAACAACAGAUACUGACUAACUUACACACACAAUAAGAAAACACCAGGAGGCUGCCUCUCAGUGCACGGGCUCCUCUCUGAAGCCGUCACCGUGCUGCAGACCAGAGGAGCUCACUCAGCAGGAACCGUCUUCUGUCUCUUGUUUCUGCUCAAUUUGAUCAAAUCAGUUUGCUGUUGUAUAGAUGUUUGUUUUUCUACUGAUCCUUUUUGUCACUAGUGGACGCUGAGGUCGUCUCUUUCUCUCUCUCUCCUACUCUCUCUCUCUCUCUUUCUUUCUUUUUCUCUCGCUCGAUCUCUGAGUUUUCUACCGCAAAUUUCAACUGUUGCUUUAACAAAUUGUGUAAUUUAUAGAAGAUGUAGGUUUGUAGAUGAUUUAUAAGCUGUUUUUAUUUAAGAUAUAUUAAGAAAAAUAAAGAAACUUGCUAAAAGGGGCAGGGAAAAGACAAAAAAAAACUGUCUCCAAGACCUCAUCAUCUAAACUCUGAGGACCACUUCACCUCCUCACUGUGAAGCCAAUUGUUGUGUGAUUGUUUGUGUCGGGCUCCAUGAAGCCAUCAUCAAGUCCGAGGAGCUCACGUCUGCCGGUGGAUGGACUCGCUCACCAAACAGGAGAGAGUCUCAUCCGUGUGGAAAAUAAAACCUGCUCGCUGGCUUCUUGUCUUUCACGUCUUUGCCGCCUCUUCUGUCCUGUUUCUCGUUUUUAUUUUGUUCUUCAUCAGCAGCUCGACGACUGUGUUCUCAUACUUGAAGUCUGAGGAUAUUCCUUGUGUGUGUGUGUUUGAGUCAGAGUGCAUGUGUUGAUGCACUUAUUCUCCUUUAAUUAACCCCGUGCCAACAUCCUCAAGUACACCCAUAACAGUCCCCCCCCCCCCCUCAGAAGAGCCGAUUCACUAACAUUAACGAGAUGUUUGGACGGAAAAAUGGAAACGAUUCAUGUCUUACUUUGUAAUGUAAAUGAUUUAUAAUAAAGAUCUCAACCCCA